UACAUUAAACCAACUUCAAAGCUAAUGGUAGUACUGACGAGACAGGUUAAAAGCUUUGUUGAAAAACUACUAAAGAGGUAUAAUGGUUUCUGUUGCCAAUGAAUAACUUUCCUUUUAAAGAUAGUGGCCGUCUAGCACUAGGAUUGCCUUUCAGCCAUACUUGUCCAAAGUCCGGCGUUGCUAUUUGAUAAGAUAGUCCUGCGUGGGAUAACAGUCCAUCUGCCGUUUACCCUGACACUCAGACUGUUAGAGUCCUUCAACCAGGAUGGAUCCUGUCAAAGAGACUGUCUAUGAAAGACCAGAACAUGGGGAGAAUGAGUAUGAACAACCAGAGCCCUUCUACCAGAAUCAGCCAUCAGGUCUAAAUGACUUGACCGACCAUGCAACAUAUGAAGAGCCUUCAGAACCUGGGCACUCCUAUCAGAAUCAAUCGGACGGUACCUAUGAGGUGACCGAUGAGGCAACAUAUGAAGAGCCUUAUGAACCGGAGCGCUCCCAUCAGAAUCAAUCGGACGGUACCUAUGAGGUGACCGAUGAGGCAACAUAUGAAGAGCCUUAUGAACCGGAGCACUCCCGUCAGAAUCGGUCAUCAGGUACCUAUGAAAUGCCUUAUGAGUUACCCAACGAAGACCCCUCUGAACAGGCUCCUGGGUACGAGGACGCGAGAACCGCAAAAGAUGAAAUGCUGACACCCCCGUCCGUGUCCCCGGAGCAGCCUCCUGCAGAGGAGAGACGUGGCAGUUCGUCUUCGCUCUCGUCCUCCUCUUCCUCUUCAAACGCUGAGGCUGAAGAGAAAGAGGAGAUGCAGGAGCACAGAAUGCGUGAGAUGGAAGAGGAGGAAGAAAAACAGGGCGAGGAAGAGGAAAUGGAAGUAAUGGAAGAGAAGGGGGUAGUGAGAGGGGAGAGCAUCACAAAGAUGAACUGGGACGUGGGGUCUCCAGAGAUUGCAGUGGACAGGAAGAGGCCAUUGGACAGAUCAUCAUCCUUUGUGAAGAACAAGCCAGGCAGUGAUGAAGAUGAACCUAAAAUCUGUCUUUUUGCAAGGGCUGGGAGUGAUGGGGAGAGCAUUGGAAACUGUCCUUUCUCCCAACGUCUCUUCAUGAUCCUUUGGUUGAAAGGAGUAGUCUUUAACGUCACUACAGUCGACUUGAAAAGGAAACCAGCUGACCUUCACAAGCUUGCACCAGGAACGCAUCCACCGUUUCUUACCUUCGAGGGGAAUGUUCUCACAGAUGUCAACAAGAUAGAAGAAUACCUGGAGGAGAUGCUAGCUCCACCAAAGUAUCCCAAGCUUGCACCAAAGAAUCGUGAAUCCAGUGUUGCAGGAAACGACAUAUUUGCCCGGUUCUCAGCUUACGUCAAAAACACAAGACCAGAGAAAAAUCGCUCAUUAGAGAAGAGUCUGAACAAAGCCCUGGCUAAACUGGACGAGUAUUUGAUGCGACCAGUUCCUGAUGAGGUUCAAUCUGGACGGCAUAGUGGCGAGGGGCCAUCAACCCGCAAAUACCUUGAUGGUGAUGAACUGACCCUUGCUGACUGCAACCUUCUUCCUAAGCUUCAUGUUUUCAAGGUUGUUUCUAAGAAAUACAGGAACUAUGACAUCCCCUCCGAAUUCAAAGGGGUGUGGCGUUACCUUGACAACGCCUACAAGCGAGAUGAGUUCACCAACACCUGUGCAGCAGAUGUGGAGAUCGAGCUAGCCUACCAGGCUGUGGCUAAGAGGCUGGAAAAAUGAAUGCACCAUAGUAAUAGCUGAUAACACAAUUUUAAAGAAGAUUGUAUGUGUUCCUUAAGCAUAAUUUAACAUUUUUAAGACUGAUUUGUAAAUAUGUCUAAAUCUAGUGGUGUCUCAGAGUCAAAAUAUAUCUUAAAACUACAAUGGAGACAUGUGGGGCCUGAACCACUCUACAUGUCAAGUGUUUGACAGUUUGUCUUAUUGUUUUAUUUCUGACUUUUAUAAAUAACAGCUAAUAUAAAGAAAUUAAUAAUAUAAUAAAUAAAAAUAAAAAUAACUACAGAUGACGCCAAGUUAGCUAGCAUGGUUAGGUAACAUCUGAUUAUUAUUGAAAAAGAUAACAUAACUUUUGACAGGCGGUAUCUGAAAAACUACUAAAUAUUUAUUAACUAUGCAUAGAAUGGUUGUGAUUUUUGUAUUAAAGUAAGCAGAAUGUGGACACUUGAAAUCAGUAUUUUCCCAACAGCCUACACAAAAGAAGUUAGCCUAAUUCGCUAGCUUUGUAAAGCUAACAAGAUAUUGCCAUGUUAGCUGUGCGUGCUGAUUGACAAAAAUAAGUGUAUUGUUAGGCAAUUUUCAAAAAUCCUUUUUGACAUUUCAAUACAAUGUAUAAAAAGACACACAUUAACUUGUAAAAUUUUACAUUUGCUAAAUGCCAUGAUAAUGAUAUAAGAAAACUGUGCAUUCAUUUCUUCAAAGUCAAAAGUUCAAGUAAACUAAGCUAACAAUUUGGGACAGACCAGGUAAUGGUGUUAUGGCUUUUCAAGUUUCCAAUUGGUUAAUUUACAGCAUGUUAAUUAAGUGGAGGUACACCUGUGAAAGGAUUAGUCGAUAAAUCUCUACCCCUUAACCAAAGCAUCUUGUCAAGCUGUUUAAUUAGCUGGUAAGAAAGUAAAACAAAGUUUAAAAGACAAUCUGAUUUAAGGAACUGUAGGCAUAUGUGAACUGAAUUUGAAAUCUUAAACAAAAGAUUUUAUUUCUAGAAUUUAGCAAAUGUAAAAACUUUUAGUAAGUCUAACUGAACUAAAACAAGUCUUAUUUAAUGUGAUACAGUGAGAGAGGAAAAAAACUGUGCCUUUUCAAUGGUGUUCAUUGUGAAAUUUAUACCAACAGGGUUUUUUUUAAGAAUUUUGGAAGAGAAAUUGUAAAAACUAACCAAUUUGUGAUUUAUCUCCAAACUAAUGUUCAUCCGCAUAAGGCCAAUAACCUGUCUGGGGUGGAAAAGGAGUAUACUGGAGUGGCAAAGUUCUUUAAAAAUAUACUUAUUAUUAGCUGAAAUAUAACUGGACUGUUUACUUCUUUGGUGAGCCCACCAUCAAGCCUAAAUGUCUACCAAAUCACUUAUUGGUGUCAAAAUUAAAAUGAUUGUAAGUAUUUUCCCAAAACAUUUGAUCAGUAGUUUAGCCAGUUUUGGGUACAAGAUUGAGUAUCUCCAUCAAUUAAAAGGGCAUAAUUUCCUUGCAGAACACUGAACCUGGAUUGUUGUACUAUAUAUAUAUAUAUAUAUAUAUAUAUAUAUAUAUAUAUAUAUAUAUAUAUAUAUAUAUAUAUAUAUAUAUAAAAUGUGUUUAAGCCAAAGUAAUUCAAAAGCGGUGGUAGCUAUACUCCAUUUUCUAUUCACUACAGUUUGCAGCCCAUACUGAUACACUUAUCUCAAAAUGUCAGGCAGACAUUUUUUUCGUUAUUCUAUCAGUACUAGGAGACUGAAACCACACAGUCAAUCUAUGAAGUCAACUCUUAGAAAAAGAAGAAGCAUGGUUAUAAAGUGAAUGAUGCACUGUCACUUAAUGUGGUUUCAUGGGAUUUAGCACACAGUGUUGGUAGUGAAGUCUUCUGCUCAUAUGUGCCUUAGUGGGACUCAAGCUCACUUCCACUGUACCUUCAGCUUUUUACGUGUGUACUGUACAUUUUGUGUGUUAAUUUAUUCAGAAUGAUCUUCCGCAUUGGAUUCAUCAUGCUCAAUAAAGUUGUGGCUUAAGAUUUUGAAGAAGAGAUUAUAUAUGUAAAUUAUCAUCUUAUUUAUCCGUGUUCUUUCUUAUGAUUAGAAUUGUGAGUCCACUGUGUAUACUAUUUUCCUUAUUUGGAUAAUAAAACUGUUUUCUCAGACUGGG